AUGCCUCGGCCAAAGAGGUCUGUCAUAAGCAACGCGAAGUGGGACCGCUUCGAGCCACUCAUCCGCCAGCUUUAUCUGCAAGAUGACAAAACACUACCAGAGGUUAUUGAGGAACUCCAUGCCUAUGACUUCGACCCAAGUGUAUCAAUUGGCACAGAUAGGGUGCUGAAUUUCUACCAAAUGCAGUGA